AUGGCGAAUCAAAAAAGGUACAAGUACACAAUAUCUUCAAACAACGGGAUUCUAUCAUCAGAACAAAGGGAUUUUUUUGAAAUUAAUGGAUAUAUUGUCAUAAGAGACUUGAUAAAUGAAACAUUAUUGGAUCGAUUCAAACAAAGAUUCAUCGACAUAUGUGAAGGUAAGGUUAAUCGAGGAGGAAUAACAGUGAUGAAAGAUAUAUCAUCGGUUAAAAUAAAUCGAGAAGGUAUUUCCAAAGAAAGUAUAGUUAAUAAAAUUCAAGACAUAAUAUGGGAUGAUGUAUUCGAACAGUACUUUCUACAUCCAGAAUUACUAGAUUAUGUUCAAUGUUUUACGGGAAACAAUAUAAUGGCGAUGCAUUCAAUGUUAAUAAACAAACCUCCAGACACUGGCUCGAUGACUUCAAGGCAUCCAAUGCAUCAGGAUUUACAUUACUUCGCAUUUCGCCCAGCAGACAGAAUCGUAGCUACAUGGACAGCUAUGCAAACGGUCACAAAAGCCAACGGGUGUCUGUUUGUUUUGCCCGGUUCGCAUAUUCACCCAGGUAAACUUCUUCCACACGAAUAUCCGGAAUGGAAAGGCGGCGUGAAUAAAGGUUUCCACGGGAUUAAAGGGUACGAUAGUCACCAGAAAAAAUAUUUGGAUAUGAAUCCUGGUGACACGGUACUUUUUCACCCAUUACUAAUACACGGAUCUGGACCGAAUACGUCACAGGAAACAAGAAAAGCAAUUUCUUGUCAUUUUGCAUCCUGUGAAUGCCAAUAUAUAGAUGUGACUGGUACAACGCAACAAAAUAUCGCUAUUGAAGUCAGAGAAAUAGCACGUCGGAGAGGUUUCAAUGACAUGGACUUCAAAGACUUUUGGAAGUUUCGAAGUCGACUUGUACGUGGAUUGAAAAUGCAUUUAUAA